AUAAAUGCCCAUAGAGAUUCGGAUACCACAUUCUUCUUCCUCGUAAAACGUCAGUGACGUACUCCACAAUUGCAACAUAAGUAAAUCAAAUAAUCGCAGUGAUUGAUUAACGAAACGAUGCGAGUACUGGGGCUGAUACUGUCGUCGAUCUUUUUCUCUCUCCUCUCGGCGAUCUCUUCCCACGAGUUCGCCGUCGAUGGCAAGGUGUUGGAGCUGACCGAAUCCAACUUCGACUCCGCCAUAUCGGCCUUCGACUACAUCUUCGUCGAUUUCUACGCCCCUUGGUGUGGCCACUGCAAGCGUCUCGCUCCCGAGUUAGACAAAGCUGCUCCUGUUCUUGCUGGGUUGAAGGAGCCCAUAAUAAUUGCAAAAGUAAAUGCUGACAAAUAUACCCGUCUUGCUUCUAAAUAUGAAAUUGAUGGGUUUCCUACGCUAAAGGUAUUUAUGCAUGGAGUUCCUACUGAUUAUUAUGGACCAAGAAAAGCAGAUUUACUUGUUAGAUUCUUGAGGAAAUUUGUUGCUCUCGAUGUUGCCAUUCUCAAUUCCGACUCUGCUAUUCGUGACUUUGUUGAAGCAGCUGGCACAAAUUUUCCUAUAUUUGUAGGAUUUGGUUUAAACAAAUCCAUGAUAUCAAAUUUGGCCAUCAAGUACAAGAAAAGAGCAUGGUUUUCCGUGGCAACAGAUUUCUCAGAGGACAUGAUGGUGUUGUAUGAUUUUGACAAGGUUCCUGCUUUGGCAUCCAUUCAUCCAGGCUACAACGAAAGAAGCGUUUUCUAUGGUCCCUUUGAAGAAAAAUUCUUGGAAGAUUUUAUAAAACAGAGUUUGUUCCCUCUUGCGUUGCCUAUAAAUCAUGACACACUAAAGUCAUUGAAAGAUGAUGAGAGGAAAAUUGUUCUGACAAUUAUGGAGGAUGAGGCAGACGAGAAAUCGAAGGAGUUUGUCAAGCUACUGAAGGCUGCUGCAUCUGCAAACCGUGACUUAGUAUUUGGCUAUGUUGGAGUCAAGCAGUGGGAAGACUUCACAGAAUCAUUUGAGGUCUACAAAAAAACUAAACUUCCAAAAAUGGUCGUUUGGGAUGGAAACGAGGAGUACUUUUCGGUUAUUGGUUCAGAAAGCAUUGAUGAAGAAGAUAAAGGGUCCCAAAUCACAAGAUUUCUUCAAGGAUAUAGAGAUGGAAGUGUGAUACAGAAACAAAUUAGUGGUCCAUCGCUGAUGGGCUACAUCAACUCGUUAAUCGGGAUCAGAUCCGUAUACAUAAUCGUUUUUGUGGUUGCAGUCAUCAUGCUUAUCCAAACCAUCAACAAAGAGGAACCUCUAAGGGUUGGUACUCGAGACCAGGCAGGUGAUGCAAGCAGCUCUACCCCUCUGACCGAAAACAGAGAAGUACACCGGUCAGGAGACAAGGAAGAUUAAGUUCAGGCUUUGCUGGACUCCUAACUGAAUUUGUUAGCAACACUUGGUCCAAGUAAGGAGGCUUUACAAAACAAUACAUUAUCCAUAGAAUAUAUGUUAGCAAACUUUAAUUUACCCCCUUUUGCCCCGUGUAUUUAUUUUGAUUCUUAUGUCGUUAUGCAAUUUGUUUCUGGAAACAAUUGUCAGUGUGAUCUGAUACUGUAGUCUCUUAUCAUUUUUCCUUCGUGUGAUACGAAGAUCAGCUUCCAAUUUC